GUUUGAAACAGUUUAUUCAUUGCGAAGUUAGCCCCAGCUAGUCGAGCCAAGUACUAGUAGAACUUAGUCGUUAGUUGGUGAAAUGCAAUGAAAGUUAUUAAUUUUUAGUUCAAUAGUUUAAAUAGCAAAAAUGUGCUGAACUGUGAUAUCUAUCAAGUUUGUGGUUCAAACGAAAUUAAAUGAAGCGCAAUUUUUAAAUUUUCGGGCCGCGAAUUUCAAUUAGAAUAUUAAUGAAAAUAUAAUAAUUACUAUUUUCCGAUACCUUUAAAUGUGUCAAUAGUAAAACAAAGAAAAAACAGAGAAAAUAAAAAUUAAGACUCUGUAAUUUAAAGUUCAAACCAACAACUGAUUAACAAUGGAUAAUCCAGCUUAUAUAGCGGAAGUGGAGAAUGCGUCUGGUGCACACAAAAAUGACAAAUCUCAGGUGUACGCACAUACCAUGGAGGAAGCCUUGGAUCUGGUGCAGGUCGGUCGCUUUCAUUAUACCCUAAUGCUAACCUGCGGUAUUUGCUUUUUGACAGUGAUGGCUGAAAUGACAGCCGUUGGUAUUAUAAUGCCAUUGAUAAAAUGUGAUCUGGCAGCGACACAAGCUGAGCAGGGCAUACUUGCGUCUGCGGGUUUCUUCGGCGUUGUUUUCAGUUCGCACAUAGUGGGAUUCUUGGCGGACACAUGGGGACGUCUGCGAAUAUUACGCUGCUCACUCAUCUUGGCUGCCAUUGUCACAAUUAUAUCGACAUUCUCCGUGAAUACCUGGAUGUUAAUCACAUUCCGUUUCCUUAAUGGCUUCUUCAUUUGUGGCGGGCAGGCGUGUGUAUUUAGCUACAUCGGCGAGUUUCACAGUAAUAGAACGCGCGUACGCCACAUAACACUACUAGCCAUCUCUCUGCCAUUAGCAUUUAUACUAUCGCCAGCUGUCGCUCUUGUCUUACUUCCACUGCGUUUUGAUUUUACAAUUAUUGGCUUGCCCUUUGCUCCCUGGCGUAUUUUCCUCCUUUUCAACGCAUUUUUAUCCUUCCUGGGACUGCUGGGGCUAUCCACAUUGCCUGAAACACCGAAAUAUGUGCUGGUACACGGCGAUCACGAUGCAGCUUUAGUUAUUCUGCGUCGCAUUUACUCAACAAAUACGGGUGACAACGCUGAAAAUUACCCUGUCAAAAGCAUUGUCUUACAGACUGGUGGUGCAACUUUGGCAAACAUUCAUAGCGUCAAAGAUGCUCUCAAAAUGAUUUGGAAACAAACAACGCCUUUGUUUUAUAGAGAACGUUUUUUGCAAACUCUAAAUUUGAGUUUCUGCUUGUUUAUGAUCUACGCACUCUCUCAGGGACUAUUCAUGUGGUUCCCGACAAUUCUUAACGAACUCAUCGCUAAAAAAGGUGAAGAUGCCAGGAUGUGUAAAAUACUUGGAAACAUGAACCUUACAGUGCCGGAAGCCAAUGCCAACUCCAACUGUGAACUGGAUUAUUUUACGUUGCAAGUGCUGAUGAUGAUGGGCGCCGUUUUUACUUUCAUUUUCAUCAUAUUUGCUUAUACCAUCGAUAUAAUUGGCAAAGUUAAUCUGUUAAUAAUUUGGUUCGUGAUCUGUUGUAUCUGCGCAAUUGUCGUGCAUUGGCUUUCUAAUUUCGCGGCCACUGUGACUGCCUUGAUACUGUUCUUGGCUGUAGGAAAUUGCGGUGGUAUCAUCGGAACCCUCACAACAGAAUUCUAUCCAACUCAAAUCAAUGCGAUGGGUAUGUGCUUCGUCAUGAUGAUUGGUCGCUUAGGUUCUGUGGCAGGUGGAAAUAUUGUUGGUUUGACGAUUUUCAAUCAUUGUGAUGGUUUACUUUGGGGUUUCGUGGCUAUUACUGUAACACUAAUCGCACUAGCAACCGUAUUGCCGGAACAAAAGCGUGAGAAGAAAGUAAAUAAUAGUGCGGCGAAUUGAGAGAGCAGAGGAGAAUUAACAAAUAAACUAAAAAGAACAAAAAGAAGAAAUUAUUAUUAAAGGUUGUGUUAAGUAGUGAUUUUUUAAUCUGCUCUCCAAUUGUGAAAAUAAUUACAAUACAGAGAUGACUCAGCUUUAAAAAAACUUCGAAAGACUUAUCGAAUUAUAGAAAUAUUGAUAACUUAAUCUGAUAUAUGUAUGUAUUUUGACAAAAAUUUCUGUAACCAAAGGCUAAAUAAAUAACAGAAAAUUGUGAA